AGUACAUGCUUAUCUCAAAAUUUACAAUAGUAUAUAUAUCCGUUGUGGAAAUUCAAAGGUGUAGCUGUCAUCAAAUUAGGGCUUCUUACACACCCCAGCAGUCUCCAACAAUCGUUCGCUCAAGUCAAUCUCGAUGGACUUUCGUCAUCCAGAAGUUCUUUGGGCUCAGCGCUCUGAUAAAGUCUACCUCACAAUUGCUUUACCUGAUGCAAAAAAUGUUUCAAUAACAUGUGAACCUGAAGGUUUAUUCAGUUUUUCUGCACUGGGGCUGAAAGGAGAAUCCUUCAAUUUUAGUUUGAAACUUUAUGGUAAUAUUGUACCUGAGGGAUGCAAAAGUAAAGUUGGGUUGAGGAACAUAUUAUGCUCUGUUCAGAAGGAGAAAAAAGGAUGGUGGAAAAGACUUCUGAUGUCAGAAGAGAAACCUGCUCCUUACCUUAAGGUUGAUUGGAACAAAUGGUGUGAUGAGGACGAAGAGUCAGCAAAUUCUGAUGUGGAGUCUGAUGAUAAUGCCAUGGCAUAUAAUGAAGAUGAUGGGGAAAACACUGAUGAUGAUGGAAUGCUUUAUCUUCCAGAUUUAAAGAAGGCUGGGGGAAACUAGCAAAAGCCGUAGCAUAUAAGAUAAAAUUAGUACUAAGCCAGCAGACAAUUAAAUUCUGUUAUGUACAUACCAGGCUUCAGUACUAGGUGGGAGCAGACUCCCCUGUAGACAUUAGUUUUAAAUUUUAAGCAUCCUUUUUUGCAACCAUUGUGAAGUUUCAAUAGCUUUGUACCGUAUUUUGAUGCACAAAAUUAGAUUUUAUUGAAGAUGUCAUUUUCAGGAUU